AUGGAUUUGAAACUCAAAAUUGACCCACCACUCCUCAACUCAGCUUGCCCAUGGGCGACCACCCUUGAAGAUAUCAAAGCUCUCUAUGAUAGCCCAUAUACCGGCGCUGUGACAAUCCGAACGAGCUUACUUGAAGGUUUCACGCAUGACGACACAGUCCACCAGUAUAUCUUCUUUACACCAGGCAGGACCAUUCCUGCAGGCGCCCCCAAGGGGGAGGAAUCCAAACUAUCUACCACCACAACGCCCUCGGAACCGAUAUCCACGCUCAAUACGCUAGGCUAUUCCCCUCUCACGCUGAGCGAGUAUCUGGGCAUCAUCAACGAGAUUGUAGGCCAGCGGCACUUGGGCACAGACACUCCCACGAAGAAACCUUUUAUCAUCAGCGUGACAGGCACGCCAGACGAGAUCGCAAUGGCGUAUGCUCUGGUCGCCAACGCGGCUGAGAUGGACGAAGACCUACGCCUCGCCAUGGAAGUCAACCUGUCGUGCCCGAAUAUCACGCAUGCCCCUCCGCCUGCCUAUGACCCUGCCCAACUCGCGGACUACCUUGAGGCUAUUAGUGAUUCGAAAUCCACAUAUCGCGGCCGCAUGGUGACGCCAGAAUCUGUGCCCAAGGUCGGCGUGAAGCUCCCUCCGUACACGCACGCGGCGCAGUUCGACAUGGUGGUCUCAGCCCUUUGUGCCGCGAAGUCGAGUGAGCCCGGCGAAGGAUGCGUUGUGGACUUCAUCACCUGCACAAACACUCUCGGAUCCUGCCUUUUGCUUGACGACGCUCUGGCACCUGCGCUGAAAAGUGAAUCUGGGACCGGUAUCGGCGGCCUCGCAGGCGCUGCAUUGCACCCACUGGCCCUCGGCAACGUCGCGACUUUCCGCCGCCUGCUCGAUGCACACACGGAAACCCGCGCUGUCGCUAUCCUAGGCGUUGGUGGUGUCGAGGACCGCGCCGGCUUUGAGAGGAUGCGUAAGGUCGGCGCCGCAGCUGUUGCAUGCGCCAGCGCCUUGGGACGUUAUGGUGUCGGCGUUUUCGAGAAGAUAACAAAAGGCUGA